AUGACACAUAGAUGUAAUGAAAACGAAACUCAAAAUGAAUUGGUAUAUGAUGAUUUAUCAGAUGCACCAAACAACACUUGCGACGAAAAUGAAUUCAGUGAUAGCAACAAUAUUCUUGAAUUAAGUGAUGUGAUUAAGCAUAGAAGAAAUCUGAAUAAAAAAUAUAAUAUUUCAAGCGAAAGUGAAGAUUCGGAGGUGGAGGCUGAUGAACCUAUAAUUGAAGAAUGGACAAAUGAGAAUACUUUUCCAAAUCUGGAACCUUUUGAAGGAAUUUGUGGUACAACAUCAUUACAAAGAAAUUUCAGCGUGAAGGAAGCUGUUGAUUGUAUACGAGUAUUUGGCAAUGAAUUUUUUCAAAUUAUUUUUGAAGAAACAAAUCGUUAUUACUUACAAAAUGUACAUAAAUAUAAGGCUAUUUCUAAACAAAGAAAAUGGAGGAAUGUCUCAUUUUCCGAAAUAAAAAAUUUGUUCGGAAUAUUUAUUUUGAUGGGACAAAUACGAAAGGAAAACAUAAAAGAAUACUGGUCCGUGGAUCCAUAUUUGGCAACACCUAUUUUUUCAAAAUUAAUGAGUAGGAACAGAUUUGAACAGGUUACGAGGUAUUUACACUUUAACGAUAACACGAAAAUGAAUGAAAAUAGUGAUAGACUCUACAAAAUAGAACCUGUUUACAAACACCUAAUAGAAAAAUUUAAAACCGUUUAUACUUCUCAUCAGAACCUGUCGCUAGAUGAAGCCAUGAUCCCUUGGCGUGGAAAAUUAAAAUUUAAAACGUACAAUCCACGUAAACUUACUAAAUAUGGAAUACUUGUACGAGUAUUAUCGGAGAGUCAGGCGGGAUAUAUAUGUAAUAUAGAAAUUUAUUGUGGACAAGGUAAAAAACUGCAAGACACAGUAACAACGAUUCUUACACCGUAUUUCGGAUAUUGGCACUAUCUUUAUAUGGAUAAUUAUUAUAAUACUUUGAACAUUACCGAAUUUUUAUUACAAAAUAAAAUACGAAUAUGUGGCACAAUACGCGCCAAUAGAUUGCCAAAAUGUUUAAAAACAAAAUCGUUAAAACUAAAAAAAGGGGAGAGUAUUUUCAAACGGAAAGGUGAUAUUUUGUUGCAAAUUUGGAAAGAUAAGAGAGAGGUUCGAAUGAUUUCAACAAUUCAUAGAUUUGAAAUGGCUGAAUGCACUGGAAAAUAUAAAACUAUACAAAAACCGAAAUGCAUAGUAGAUUAUAAUUUAAACAUGAACGGUGUCGAUCUUGCAUAUCAAUAUCUAUCAUAUUACUCAACAUUGAGAAAAACAAUUAAAUGGCCUAAAAAGGUAGUAUUAUAUCUAGUCAACUGCGGCCUGUUCAAUGCAUUCAAGAUUUAUAAUUCGUGUAAUAAUGAAAAAAUGAAAUAUAAAGAUUUUCUACUUGCCGUGAUGAAAUUGUGGACGACAGAAGAAAAAUCAACGGAUACAUUUAUGGAUGUAGAACAAAGUACUUUAAAUACAACAAAUCACCUACGUGUCGACCCACCAUGUAGACUCUGGUAA